CAUAACAAAAUUAUUAAAUAAUUCAAUGAGGUAUUGAUUAGCCGUAGGAGGUGAGGUAGUGGUCGAGACGUGGCUAUGUUGGAUAGAUGCUGCAAAUCCUGGGUUGACUUUAGGAGAGGUAUUGAAAUGGCUAAGCUGGUAGACUUUUACAGAUAUAUCGUAAUUUUACAGCAACAUGAAGAUCAUUUAAACACCAUUUUCUUUGACUGCCUAAGAGUUUCAUACAGCACUGUAAAUUCUCCAUGACAUUCUCAACCCCAUGUUUUACACAUAGAUUUUUGUGGGCACCAUACAAUAUUGCAACGGGGCUUGUUUACAUGCGUGUGUGUGUGUGUGUGAGUGUGUGUGGGUUUGCGUGAGUGUGCCUGUGUGCGUAGGGCAUGUGCAAAUGAGUGUAUGGGUGUGUGUGUCUGUGUAUGUGUAAGUGUGUGUGUCUGUGUGUGUGUGUAUGGCCGGAGCAGAACCACGGUGCGGGUCGCGUGCCGGUGACUCACGGGCCCAGGGCACUUUGAGCUGACGCCCUGCAAUCACAGACCACCAUGGCUGUCCAAUGUCCCAUCGUUCUGAUGCCCUUGUUCCUCCUCAUCGCAGUGGCACAUGAAGACGGCUGGUCCAUGAAGGUUCCCCCGGAGGUGAGGGCAGUGGAGGGCUACCCUGUAGUGCUGCCCUGCUCGUUCUCGCACCCGCGACACGAGCAGCACUCCUCCAUGCUGGUGCAGUGGCGCCUGGGCCACGGCCCUGCUGGAGUGGUACUCUUCCAGUGCGCCAGCCACAACAACAGCCGCUCCUGCCAGCCCGAGGGGCACCAGGACCAGCGCUACCGCCUGGAGGGUGACCCACGCCAGCACGACCUGUCGCUCCGGAUCAACAGCGCCGCCCUGCAGGACAGUGGCCACUACUACUGCCGUGUGGAGGUGCCUGGUCACCCACAUGCCAGCUUCCAGAACAAGAGGGGCAUGCACCUGCGGGUGGAGGCUGCCCCGCAGAUCCUGGGACUGUCAGUAGAGGGCAGUGAGGAGUCAGGCUACAGUGCAGUGUGCCGGGUCCAAGGCUCGCCCCUCCCGGAUGUGCAGUGGAGCAGCCCUGAGCACCCCCGGGACGACCCCCCGCUGACCUUGCUCUCGCAGGCGGAUGCCAGCCAGCACCACACCUCCAGUCUACUGCGCGACGUCCAGCCAGGGCACCACUACACCUGUGCCGCCUCCAACCCUCUGGGAAGAGAGCAGGCCACCUUGUUCCUCCUGCAGCCCAACCCUCUACAGGCCUCCUCUGGGCCUCCUCACCUGCUCCUGCUUCUCUCGCUCUCACUGGGGGCCAAAGUGCUGCUCUUUCUGGGCUGGCUUGCUUGGCUGCUCUGGCGGCAGUGGCAGUGAUAUGAUGUGCUCUCCUUCUGAAACUCAGGGCCUGGCCGUCCUGGUCUCUGCCGAGUCGUACCCCAGUGAGCUAUGAUUUUGUCUCUUGAGUUAAGUCACACCCCUCUUGCAUCAGUUUGAGCAGCUCAGCUAAAAGGGAAGCCUAUGUAACAAUGAGGCAGUGUUGGGCUCCCCCUUGUGUCUCCAGGCUGCCACUGCAUGUAUGCUAAAUAUGAGUACAAGCAUAAAUCAUAUCUAAUCUUGCUUGGUUCAAGUGUAUGCAAAAUGGUCUUUUAAUUGGGGUAGCAGAGCCCUAUGCCAGUGGCUCACUAUAUCUAGAGUUGGCAUGUUUGUCUUUUAAGAUAAUUUAAGGUUUAAGAUAAUAAA